UCUCUUUCUUUCUUUCUUUCUUUCUUUCUUUCUUUCUUUCUUUCUUUCCAUCUUGGAGUUCAGAUUUACCUCCUUGAGUUGCCCUCUGACAGAAGAACUAGCAUGUCCCUGCUCCAUCGCCUGAUUUGUUACCUGCAGGAUGCCGAGAAAGUUGCCAGUUUCCAAAAACUUUGUGGUGUAGAAGCACCACCAGACUGGAGGUCUGUCUCCCCUGCUCAGACGGUGGACACAGAGCACCCCUUGGCCAACGGGACCUGCACCGCUGCUAAGACCCAGGCUGAAAGUGGCAGACGGUGCGUGUCCCCAGACUCUUCCAACGCGAAGGAGAAACUGGAUGAGAGCCACUCAAAUGGUAGGAAGAAUGGGAUGGUUUCUGAAGACACCUGCGGGGUGGGAUCGCAGCCAGCAUCCCUGGAAAAGCGGAAGAAAUGGGUCUCAAAAAGCUACCCUCGCCGCAACUCUCUAACUGGAGAAACCACAUUGCAGAAGUUCAGAAUCCAUAAUUUUUUCCUUUAUUACCUCUUCAGCUUUGGCACAGAACUGGGCAAUGAACUUUUCUACAUCAUGUUUUUCUCCUUCUGCAUCUGGAAUGUGGAUGCUUGGCUGGGCAGGAGACUCAUCAUCAUUUGGGUUUGGAACAUGUUUUUGGGUCAGUGCACCAAGGAUAUUAUCCGUUGGCCAAGGCCUGCUUCUCCCCCAGUAGUGAAGCUGGAGGUUUUCUACAAUUCUGAAUACAGCAUGCCCUCAACUCACGCCAUGGCAGGCACGGUUAUUCCCCUGUCAUUAUUACUACUCAGUUAUGGACGGUGGCAGUAUCCUUUCACGUAUGGGCUGAUUCUCACAAUUUGCUGGUCUUCUCUGGUUUGUUUCAGUCGAGUAUAUAUGGGAAUGCAUACAAUUCUGGACGUUAUUGCUGGUUUUCUUUAUGCUCUUCUCAUCUUGGUUGUCUUCCUUCCAACUGUGGAUCUAGUAGAUAAUUUCAACUUAACAUUCAGAUAUGCGCCACUAGUCAUCAUCAGCCUUCAUCUUGUCUUGGGGGUGUUUUCCUUCACUCUAGACACCUGGAGCACAUCCCGAGGAGAUACAGCUCAGAUCCUGGGCAGCGGUGCUGGAGUUGCCUGUGGCUCCUAUGCUACCUAUUGUCUGAAUCUAAUGCCAGAUCCUUCACAAGAAAUGCUUCCGUUAGUUCCUUCACUCACCUUAAAUCUCUUUGGAAAGGCUGCCCUGCGAUUAUUGAUUGGAUUAGUUUUUCUGUUGCUGGUCCGAAUGAUAAUGAAGCAAGUCACCAUCCCACUGGCCUGUAAAAUCUUUGGUAUUUCUAAUGCAGAUGUUCGAGAAGCCCGACAGCAUAUGGAAGUUGAACUACCUUACCGCUAUAUUACUUAUGGAACAGUGGGAUUCUCAGUGACUUUCUUGGUUCCUUCCUUAUUUUGGCUAAGUGGACUGUCCUCAUGAUAGUGUUUUCUUCAUAGGGAAGCAGUGAUGGACAGUUGAUCUAUGCGAGAGAUGGUAUACUUUUUGAGAAGUGCUAUGAUAUUGCCUCUGCGAAAAUUAUAUGUGGCAGGCAGUGAGCUCAAAUCUUUGAUCCUGGUUAAAAACCUUAUAGAUUCAGAUCCUUGAGAAAUGCCAUGUGUAGUCUUACCAUUGGAACAACAUUAUAAACAGCAAAUGGGUUUAUGUGUAUGCAUAAAUACGCUUCAAACUAUAAAUGCACCAUUUUCUCUCUAUUUAAAUCUGUUAAAGCAGUUGUGUUUACAGAUGAUCCAGAAGCUCUGUCUGUGGUCAAUUAAAGCCAUGUCAUAUCCCUCAGCCACAAAUGGCUAUAUUGUAACGAAAAAUUUUUUUUUUCCCCCUUCCCAUAUACACACCUAUUUUUUACACACUGGAAGCAAGCUAUGCUAAUAAACCUAAAAUUUAAUGAAACUUUGCUUACAGCACCUGAUAGCUUUAGAGCCUUUUCUGUACUCCAUAUUUUUAAUUUGUGAACACAAACCACUUAUUUCAUGUACUUUAUUGCUUGAUAAUUGUGCCUUUCUGUUGGAAUGCACCACAUACUGUGGGAUACAUACACACACAACUACUAUAAAGUAGUAAAAACAUAGUCUAAAUUAGGUAGAUAUUUUAAAAUGUAGGCUGCAGCAUGAUUAAUAAAAAUCAUUUUUAUUAUGUAAACUAAAACCUUUAUUUGGGGCUCACCCACUUUAAUCCACAUUCUAAUACUUUAAUUGAUAUUUUUAAGUGUAAUAUUCUGUAUGUUAUUGGAAAGAGUACAUUUUCCCCCGAUUCUUUUUUUUAAAUUAGGCUUUAAUUAUAUCUGAAAUUAAUGCAAUGUUAAAUUAUAUUUUAACAUAAUUUUUCUUGGUUUCAAAUGAAGUCAUAUUCGUAACAAUGGUGGCUUUAAUAAGAAACAUAUACACUUGUACUGUUGCAUUGUAUUUCCCAUGCUGUUACAUCAGUUAUCAUCAAAUUGUGAAGGAGGUUCUUUUGUCCUUUUUUGUUUGGAUACUCCUCCACAAAAUAAUCAAAUGUAUUAUGGUAUUAAUUACAUCUAAGGCCCUGUAGCCUAUUAUUUCCGAUCAGUGACAUGGUGUCUAAACAAAAACUAGUGAGGGAAAACCUUCAUUUUUCUUGUGAUAUAAUGGCAUCUGACAUGGUCUUUGUUGUCCUAGAGAUCUUUGGAGAUCAGUAGGGCAGAUCGAAGAAAGGUAAACAGAAGGAGGAAAAGCAGAAAGAGAGUGUAUUCUCUCAUAUGUCUGGCUUUGUAUUAUACCAGCAAAAUUAAAACACUCUUCAGUUAUAUAAUGUACAGAGAAUACAUUAAGGGGAUUGAUGUGCUCCAGUAUAUGUGUUGUUUACAUACUUCUUAUGCCCUUGUAAACUUCAUUUAUGGAUGCUUCUACUAGGGCUAUACAGCAACCCAGAUUCAGAGGGCAAAUGAUCAUUUAUUACAUGUGGGACAUGCAUAGAGCACAUGAUGAAAAUCCAUUAAAUCAAAUGCACUUUUUCCUGGGAUUACACGGCAUCUGUGAACGGCACUUUGCUUGAGCCCAAUGAUACACAGUGUCUUGAACUGUUCUAAACAGGAAUUCCAAAUCCUAUUUUGCUUUUUGAAUAUGUAGGGCUACACAGACCUCAUCUCUAUUCCCAGCUGUCCAAAAAGUGCCUACUGUGUACAUUGUACACAUGGAGAAUAUAGACAGGCAAAUGAUCAUGUAUGGUAAAGGCAUACUUACUUGUAAGAAGAUGUACUUACAGGUUACAUGUUCACGGUAUCAUCCAAUUGUGUAAAGGCAAUUUAAGCCUAUAAAAAGGGUGGUAUUGAGUAUCAUAGAAGUCUAUUUUGUGUUUCCUGGGGCCUCUUUGCAACAUAAAGUUUAGCAGUGAUAAGACUUAGAAAAUUGAACCGUUUUAAUUUCAUUUGAGCCUUACGAUUUGCAAAAAUGUACAGGUAGUCCUUGACCUACAACCACAAUUAAGUCCAAGACAUUUGUUAAAUGAAUUUUGCCUCAUUUGAUGACCUUUCUUGUCAUUGCAGUUGUUAGUAACCCUGCUGUUAAAUGUAUCUGGCUUCCCCAUUCACUUUGCUUGAAAGAAGAUUGCAAAAAAUGAUGAUAUGACUGUGGGACACUGCAAUUGUCAUAAGUAUGAGUCAGUUGCCAAGUAUCAAUGUUGAUCAUGUGACCAUCAGGAAUGCUGCAACAGUCAUAAGUGAAAAACAGUCCUAAGUUACUUUUGUAACUAUUGUAACUUCAAAUGGUCACUAAAUGAGCUGUUGUAAGUCGAGGACUACCUGUAUAUGGUACAUGGUCUAUUGUAGGCAGUGUUUCCUUUUUUAUAAAAGUGUUACUGGUCAGCAAUUAUUGGGCCUCAUCUAAAAGGAUGGAAAUGAAUCAGGAACUUGUAUUUUGAUGAUAACGGUACAUCAGAACAUUCACAUGAUGCAAAUCUCAAAUAAUGCACAUACAGAAUUCUUAAACAGGUUGAAUGUUCAGGAAUUAUUAUCUCUCUGUUGGAUUGUGGAAGGAGUGCAUGUAUUGCUAUUAUCCAAGAGUCUACAAAUUAUAAUAAAAAAGAGCCCAGGAGCAUGAGACAUUAUGAAUUAAAUUACUCUUGCUGGAUGCUAGGUACCAUAUACACUUUGGUUCUCAGAUUAAAAAGAAUAAAUAUUCUUUUCUCCAAUGUUUAGAAGUAUACACGUCUAGUUGUAGGCUUUUGUUUUCCUGCUAUAGUUUCAAAUAAGGCAUUGAUAUUUUGUCUUAUUUUUUGAAAUGUUGCUAAAUUCACUUUUUUUUGGGGGGGGGUGUUCUCUGGCCUCAUUCUUCUGUAGAUGAGACCAGAACACUGGAUCCUUUGUGUCACUCUAGCCUUUUUUAUGCUCUGCUUUUCUACAGUAUUUAUGUUUAUUAAUCACAAAAAUAGCAGUUAUCUUCCUGUAUGGAAUUUAAGAAUUUGGCAUAUGGCAUUUGCAUUCGGAGAAUGUGUCGUUACAAAUGUAAUCCAGAAUAUUCGGCUUGGACACGGAGAAUGUAAAUUAGUUUCAUGACCCUGGGAAGAUGGAUUCGCCACCCCCACCCCACUUUGAUCAUAAUUAUUCCUACCACCAUGGUAAGGUUCAGGGGCCUCUGGGGCAAGUGGGUAAAGGAAAGCCGGGUGGAUCGGUGUAAAAACCCACAAGAUAGUCCUGUCCACCAUUUUACAGGUUUUGAUGAGAUGCCUGUGGCUACUGUUAAAAUUGAUGUGAGAUCUAAAUGCCAUUUUAUAUUGAUCAGGACUUACUAAUUAAGACUUCCAAAACUUAAAAAAAGCUAUUUACAUGAACAUAAGCAGGCUUCAGAAUUAUAAUCAGUGAAUAAUUAUUUUUCCUUAUCAAGAUUAAAAAAGCAGUGUUCUCACUGAGUACCGGUACAUUUUCUUCUGCAAUUCUAUCCAGACACUAGGAAUUACUUUGAUUAGGUACAUACUAACUUCCCAAACUAGUAUAGUUUUUUUUGUUCAAUGUGUACCAGAAUAAAAAGAAGUUUAAGAAGAAAUUGUAUAAACACUUUUUUUUACAUUCCUAAAAAUGCGAUUAAUCUUAAA